AUGGAGUCUAUCUCUCGAAUAUCUAAUUUACUUGAGAGCGCUCGGGAGCUCACUCUCGAUGCGGCCCAAGCGGCCCGGAGCUCUCGUAGUACCACACGAUCUCUACCGACGGCGCAACUAAAGAAGCUUCUCGACAGCCGAAAUGACCGUGAAGUGCUCGAUGGACUGCGACGUGUUAUUUCUAUGAUGUACCGUCAGCAGAAGACGCUCCCAUUCUUCUCUUCCAUCGUCAAGAAUGUCGCAUCACCGAACCUCGAAAUCAAGAAACUUGUAUACAUAUACCUUAUACACCAUGCCGAACAAGAACCAGAUAUGGCCCUCUUGUCCAUUAAUACAAUCCAAAAGUCUCUAUCAGACUCGAAUCCCCAAGUACGAGCACUCGCCCUACGAACCAUGUCCGGCAUUCGAGUCCCUGUCAUCAGUCAGAUUGUAUCCUUAGCUAUCAAAAAGGGGGUAGUCGACAUGUCCCCUCAUGUGCGCAAGGCUGCCGCUCUCGCCAUACCGAAAUGUUACCGUCUAGAACCGAGCACCCUACCCCAGCUACUAGAAUACCUGACAACGCUCCUAGGCGACAAGCAGUACUUUGUCGCCGGUGCCGCGGUCAGCGCUUACAUGGAAAUAUGUCCCGACAGGGUUGACCUAAUCCACAAGCACUACAGGAGUCUCGUCAAGAAGAUUGUAGAUAUGGACGAGUGGAGUCAGCUGGCAGUGCUAAGAAUGAUGUCCAUAUACGCGCGGAAGUGCUUCCCAAGGCGGACGAAGGCUGCCAGAUCAAAAGACAAAUCGGACAAUCUCCAAGACUUCUAUGGGGAGGGUGAAUCGGAACCUGCCUCAGAAGGGGAACGGGUAGUCAUUCUCGAUCCGGAUCUUGUCCUAUUACUUAAUGGAAUCAAACCACUUCUACAAAGUAGAAACUCAGGUGUGGUGGUAGCUGUGGCUCGUUGUUAUGCGGACUUAGGUACACCUGAAUAUACUAAAACCUCGGUCGGUCCGUUAGUCGCUCUUUUACGGGGAGCACAGGACAUUCAGCAAGUCGCUCUAUAUAAUAUAGUAUCUGUCUGUCUUGCGCACCCAGAGCCAUUCGUUAAAUACGCCUCCCACUUUCUCGUUCGCGCUACCGACACAACUCCAGUGUGGGAGCUGAAGCUCGAGGUACUCGCACUAAUAUUCCCCCACAGCCCCUUACAAACGAAGAGCCUCAUCCUUAAUGAACUCGAACACUUCUCUCGCGGGACGAAUAAGUCGCUUGUUCGCGAAGCAGUGCGAGCUAUUGGCCGAUGCGCGCAAGCAGAUCCGGCGACCGCACCCCGAUGUAUGCGACUACUACUGGGGCAAAUAACGAGUCUUGACGGCACGCUAGCUGCCGAGUCCCUCACGGUAAUCCGUCACCUUAUCCAACAAGAACCUCAAGCGCAUAUGGGAACCGUUGUGCGCCUGGCGAAGAACCUCGAUUCCGCGACCGACCCGCAAGCUCGCGCAACCAUCAUCUGGCUCGUGGGCGAAUUUGCUGGUCUAAACGGCGAGGACAACAUCGCGGCUGACGUGCUGCGAAUACUUCUGAAAGCAUUCGCGGAAGAAUCCGAGAUCGCUAAGCGGCAGAUCGUCCUCCUCGCAGCGAAAGUCUACCUACACCAUCUCAACAGGACAACGGAAGCGCAAAAGUCGGACGAGCAGAACAACGAUCCUCCACCCAACUCAGAGGAUCAUCCUAUAGCCCGAUUAUGGAAUUAUGUCCUCCUACUUGUGCGUUACGAUACGUCAUACGAUUUGCGCGACCGCACACGCUUAUAUAAAGCGUUGCUGAGCGUGCCUCAAUUAGCGACGCUAAUGCUACUUGCGCCGAAACCCGCACCUCAAGCGCCAAGUCCGUCAGAGACACGGAAAGGGUUCUUACUAGGAUCUUCGGCACUGGUGCUUGCCGGAGGUGGAGGAGUGCACGGCCUACGAGGGUACGAGCCCCUACCAGACUGGGUUGAAGAAGGCAGGGAGCCGGACCCGAAACUUCGGGCUCAGGAUGGCGUUCCGAACGAGUAUAGUGAAGAGAGGAGAGCUAUCCCUGCGGCGCGGAUGCUUGGGGAUUCUUCCAUGGGAGCGCAAGCAGGUAGGAGCAAUGGGCUCUCCACCUCAGCAGGGACAGGGGCCAAGACUUUAGAUGAUUGGCUCGCCGAGGACGAGGAAGAGGAGGUAGAAGAUGAUGGCGAGGAGGAAGAUGAGAGCGAAGAAGAAGAGGAAUCAGAGGAGGAAGAAGAAGAGGAGGAGGAAGUGGAAGAAGAAGAGACUGAUGAGGAAUUCGACAACUCUAAAGCUGAGCUAGAAGGGUUCCUUAAUAGGUAA